GCUAGCAAGAAACAGGGGAGGGAGUGUGCGCGGGGUGCUUGAUCUCCAAUCGAUUCCCCAAUGGCCGGUCUUGUUCCGAUGAUCGUCGCCGUGGCAAUCGGCGGCGGGGCGGUGGGCGGGCCCGAGGCGCUGCGGCUCCUGCUCACCGUCGCCGGCAGGAGCCCUCUCCUCGACAUCGGCAUCGUCCUCUUCGUUGUCGCCGCGGUCACCGCGCCCGCGCUCGGCACCAUGCUUCUGGCCCGCUUCUUCCGCAAGCCGCCGGGCGCUCGUCGGGCCAGCGGACGCGGCGCAGUGGCUGCGGACGGCUUCGCUAUGGUGACCCUGGUGAUCUCCCUGGCCGUCGUGUUCACCGUCACCGCGUGCCUCCUCGUCGAACAGUUCGUCGUGGCUGGCGGAUUCGGCCCGUUCCCCCUCGUCGCAGUGGCUCUCGCCGCCGUCGUUGUCGUCGCCGGCGCUGUCCCAGGCCCGGUACGCGACGCCGUGCAGCUGUCCCGCUUCUUCCGAGGUGUCUCUGGCGCCGCCCCUGCCCCUGCCCCUGCCACGCCCGCCACGAAUCGCGUCGCCGACGCGGCCAUGCUGGUGUCUUGCGCCGUCGUCUCCUUCGCUGCCGCCUGCCUCCUGCUCGUCCCUCACGUCGCGGCCGGCGGCCUCGACGCGCAGGGCCUCCUCUUCGCCUUCACCGGACAGAGCCGGCCCGUCCACGCCAACGUGCUCGUCGGCUUCGCCACAGUCAUCGUCAGCGCGCUUCUCGCCCUCCUCUCCCACAGGGGACAUAAUGCCACCGCCGCCCAGCCGCCGGCGAUGGGGCGCUUCCCCAGCAUGAUCUCGGUGACGAUUACAACCCACGCCGUCGUCCUCUUCCUCUCUGCCUGCCUCCUCGCCAUCCCCUGGACCAAUCGCGCAGGCGCUGGUGCUGCCUGAUGCCGUGAUGCCAUGCUCCUACAAUUCGUAGAUGGAAGAGCGAUUCAUGUCCUCAGCUAGGUUGAUGAUGUUGAACUGAUGAUUCUUAUGUAUUCAGAUGAGAUUAUUAACGCCAUGAAAUUUGAAAAAAAAUUUGAAAAAACUGAGUGAAAUGGCUAAAUUUGAAGGAACAAUUCAUUGUUGCGGUGCUAAAUUGCUUAUAGAGUGUAAAUUUUGC